CAGACAGUAGAUAGAUACCAAAGGAUUACUCAGCAUGCAUUUGAACCCAAGUCACAAAAAUUCCAGAGGACACAACUGUUAAAGUCUUUUCAUCAAACCUCCGGAGGAUCAUCGCUCCUCCUCCGGCUCCACCACCAAUGACUUCCCUUUACCUCAACUCCUUACUUCCCCUCCCUCCUUCUCACCCCCAGAAACUCCUCGAACCCUCUUCUUCCUCCUCACCUCCGUUGAGCAUUUCCACCUCUAACGAAGCUGCUCUGAGACCGAUCGUCAUCAACGGAGACCCACCCACUUUCGUCUCCGCCCCUUCUCGCCGUAUCAUCGCAGUUGGAGACCUUCACGGCGAUCUGAGCAAAGCCAGAGAUGCCCUUCAGAUUGCCGGUGUCUUAAGCUCCGAUGGAAAAGACCAAUGGGUCGGCGAAGACACUGUAGUAGUUCAGGUGGGAGAUAUACUGGACCGUGGCGAGGAUGAGAUUGCAAUACUCUCCUUAUUCAGGUUACUUGAUGAACAGGCCAAAGCUAACGGUGGAGCUGUUUUCCAGGUUAAUGGGAACCAUGAGACGAUGAACGUUGAAGGAGAUUUCAGAUACGUAGACACGAGAGCAUUUAAUGAGUGUAUAGACUUCCUUGACUACUUGGAGGACUAUGCACAAGACUGGGACAAAGCUUUCAAGAAUUGGAUUUUCGAGUCAAGGCAGUGGAAAGAAGAUAGGAAGAGUUCUCAAACCUAUUGGGAUCAAUGGAAUAUAGUGAAGAGGCAAAAGGGAGUGAUUGCAAGGUCGGUCCUUUUCAGACCAGGUGGUCGAUUAGCGUGUGAGUUGGCACGUCAUGGAGUUAUCUUGCGUGUUAAUAAUUGGGUGUUCUGCCACGGUGGUCUCCUUCCUCACCACGUUGCAUACGGCGUAGAGAGGAUAAACAGAGAAGUCUCUACUUGGAUGAAGAGCUCUAGUGACGAGGAGGACAGUCCUGAGAUGCCGUUCAUUGCAACUCGGGGUUAUGACAGUGUGGUCUGGAGCAGACUUUACUCAAGAGAGACCUCUGAUCUGAAUGAAUAUCAAAUUGAACAGGUAAGUACAAUUCUCCGGGACUCUCUCGAAGCUGUUGGUGCCAAGGCGAUGGUGGUUGGACAUACUCCUCAGUUAUCAGGCGUAAACUGUGAAUAUGGUUGUGGCAUAUGGAGAGUUGAUGUGGGAAUGUCCAGUGGUGUUCUUGACUCUAGACCAGAGGUUCUUGAGAUAAGAGGGGACAAAGCUAGAGUUAUAAGGAGCAACCGAGACAGACUUCAUGAACUUCAAGUUGCAGAUUACAUUUAAAAAAGCUCUUAGUGACAAGAAACAGACUCUAAAUGGCCUGGAACUUUGAACUCUUUAGGCAUGAAGAAAUAAAAAACAGCAGAAGUUUCAGAUGAGAGACAGAUACGGCUGAGGUGAAGCCAAAACAUUCAAUUCUAUGUAUGUAUUGUGUAUAUACAUGUUUGUGAAUCAUGAGAAACAUACCGUAUUCAUCAAGUAAGAGGUUUGUAUAGCAAAAGACUAUAUAUAGAUAAUGAGAUGCUUUUAUUAUAAGGGGAAA